GCCGGCACCGAGUCCUACUUCUCGUUGCUGCGCUUCCUGCUGCUUCUCAACGUGCUGGCCUCGGUGCUGACGGCCUGCAUGGUUCUGCUGCCCACCUGGUUGGAGGGGACUCCCCCGGGUCCCCCUGCCCCGAACGCCUCCUCGCCCUGCGGCUCCUACAAUCCCGGCUCCCACGGCCUGGUCACCUUCGCCACCGAGCUCUUCAACUUGCUCUCCGGAGAGGGUUUUCUAGAAUGGUCUCCUCUCUUCUACGGGUUCUACCCGCCCCGCCCACACCUGACCAUCACCUACCUAUGUGCCGCCUUUGCCAUUGGCCUCCUCUACCUGCUGCUCAUCCUUCACCGGUCAGUGACAGCCCUGCACCCAGAGCCCCUGGACCGUGGCGGGGAGGAGCGCCCUCCCCCAUAGGCCUGAGUCUCGCUCCAGGGUCCCUUUCUCUCUGCUUGAAUUGCAGUAAGAUUUUAAAAUGCUUCAUGACUGGCUCCAGGCCAAGGAUAAAGAUGGGAGAUGUCUUCCUCCUGCGACUUAGUCUAGUGGGGAGGGUAAGA